AUGUCAUGCUUCUUACUGUCACGCAGUCUAAAGCUUCACUGUGAUAUCUGCAUAUGCCGUUGGCAGCUGCCAGACCACAAAUCUUCACUCCAAUCAAGUUUGAACUUUUCCAACAUAAGUUCUAUUCACCAUGCUCAGGCUCGCUCAGUGCGCUGAAUCUUGUGUUCAUGAACAUGAGCUUCAGAAUCGGUUACGGUCCCGAACUUCCUAAAACCAACGGAUCGUCCCGUUUCUGCUCUUCUUGCAUACUGGAUGUGGACUGCGACGAAGAGCAUACCAGUUUCACUAGAUUUUAUAUUAUCUCACCCAGUUAAUUGUCACCAUGCUCAUUCGUCUCGUCCCCUCCGUAUCACAUGGCACUGUUCUCUACAACGUCUCUUUUCCGAUCAACUUUCCUAAUUUGCCUACUCCCCCUGCGUGGUCGAACCAGUUGCACCUUCUGACCUCGGUGUUGCGCCUCGAACCUCCGCAGAACAUCCACGUGUUCGACCGUUCAGUUGGUCUCGUCGCUCGGAUAACUGAAGUCAUGUUUGAUGUACCAACCAAGGAGGUCGUCGUGAGCUUCGUUGAUGGGCGCAUUGAAAAGCUGCCUAUGAACCCGCAAUGCAUACAGAUGCUCCAGGGCGUCGUCGACGACGUUAAGACGUGCUCUGAACUGGAGUCUCGACGAGACAGCUUUGAAUGCGCCACCUCCGCUAGUAUCUGCAGCAGUGUGGUUAGUUCGCAGGAUAUCCCUAGCAUAUCCUGCGCGCCCACGCCUCCGAAGUCCCCAAAGUUGAGCAGGCAUAAGAAGCAGCGCUCCCUGCUAUUUUCUUUAAUCUCCUCGUUGGUGCCACGUUCCUUGUCUCCGCCCCCGGCCCCUCCUCCAUCACCCACCACACCCUACCCCUCGUCUCCGCCUCCCCUCCCGCCAAUCCCCCCUAUCACACCCCGCAAUACAUCAUUUUCUCCCAUCCCUCAAUCUCCAGUCUCCCCCUAUAACCCCGCUUUCCCACCAUUAACAGAUCCGCCGAUUCUCCGUCGCCGCGCACGCGCUACUCUUAUUGAUGCCUGGAGACGCCAUGUCGUUUCCGCGCUUUCGGCUCAUAACUAUUACGCAGGGUACACUGAAUGGGUGCUCCGUAGCAUGGCUAUCGGAGCUCGCACUGAGCUGAGAGAACUCGAGAGAUCCUGGCAGCCUGGACGCGGUGCGGCUCGCAGACAUGCAAGGACACGAAGCGAGGGGAGAGUUGCUCUUGACUUUGGGGAACGCGGCUCUGAGGAGACUCAAAGACGAUGGCGUGCACCUUCACCAUUCAUCGAGGAAGUUGAGGAUGAAAAUGAUGACUGCGUCGUAUAUCCUCGUCACGAACAAGCACACGAAUGGGGCGCAAUUCGCCAUGUCCGUAACCCAAGUGCAUGCGAUGAACUGGAUGCAUACGCUUUUGAAUUUAGCGUGGAGAAUGGCAGCCUCUUACGCGAGAGCUUCGGCUUUGGAACUGAUGUCUUUGGUGAUGUGUGGGAUGAUGAUGACCAUGUCGCUUUCGAUAAUUUUGGCGCCCUGCACCCAGGAACGGAGCUCACCUUCGACGACGGACGGCUCAAUUUCGGCGAGGAUUUUGGAAGUGAUUACAUGGGUGACGACUAUUAUACCGACAUGACAUUUGCUGCUGUGCCGUCCGAUGCCACCGAGGAAGAUGACUCAGAUGAAAGUCAAACGUCUUUACGUACCCCUGAGGAUGCAGCGCAGUCAUUCAGACUCCGUUCCAACAGCUGUCUCAAAAACUACUUCUUCUCAUCCAAAAACUCGGCCUCUUCAUUCAAACACCGGAUACCCCUCUACUGCGCCGCGUGUCUGUGCCAAACCUGCUACCACGGUGUCAUGGAACUACCGAUCGGCGAUGCAUCCACAGAAGUUACCCGCGCAUUUCCCUUCAUCACCGUCGUGUCUGCCCAAGCGCAUGCCCGUUCCGAAUAUGGAAGAACUUUUUUCUGCUCGUGUUGCCUUCCUUUCGCGAAUUCGAAAUGCUCUAACUUUUGUGCGUGCUCGUGCACGUGAGGAACAUUGGGGUUUGUUAUGGUCACAAAACUCUUUUGGGUGUGGAUUGAUGGACCCGGAGUCCGAGGGACAACUUGAAAUUAGGGCACGCAGGCGUGCAUGGAGUGCAGGCAUCAAGGUCACUGCGGCUUCUGCGCCAACCUUAUUUUCGGUUGCUAUCCCGGGUUCUAGUCCGGGUGCGAGGGUAUGGGAUGGUUCAGUCCCAUCUGCUGCGCAUUUCCCUUAUCAACCUCCCGGGCUCACACCACC